AUGGCGGGAGCAUCCGUGAAGGUGGCGGUGCGUGUCCGGCCCUUCAACUCCCGUGAGAUGAGCCGGGAAUCUAAAUGCAUCAUCCAGAUGUCGGGAAGCACCACCACUAUCCUGAACCCGAAGCAGCCCAAAGAGACACCAAAAAGCUUCAGCUUUGACUAUUCCUACUGGUCCCACACCACGCCUGCAGACAUCAACUAUGCAUCUCAGAAGCAAGUGUACCGGGACAUCGGCGAGGAGAUGUUGCAACACGCCUUCGAAGGCUAUAACGUCUGCAUCUUUGCCUACGGGCAGACGGGAGCUGGAAAAUCCUACACCAUGAUGGGGAAGCAGGAGAAGGACCAGCAGGGCAUCAUUCCGCAGCUGUGUGAGGACCUCUUUUCCCGCAUCAAUGACACAACGAAUGACAACAUGUCCUACUCCGUGGAGGUGAGCUACAUGGAGAUAUACUGUGAGCGCGUGAGGGACCUCCUAAACCCCAAGAACAAGGGGAACCUGCGAGUGAGGGAGCAUCCCCUGAUGGGCCCGUAUGUUGAGGACCUUUCCAAGCUGGCUGUGACCUCCUACAACGACAUCCAGGACCUCAUGGACUCUGGGAACAAGGCCCGCACAGUGGCUGCCACCAACAUGAACGAGACCAGCAGCCGCUCCCACGCUGUGUUCAACAUCAUCUUCACACAGAAGAGGCACGAUGCUGAGACGGACAUCACUACUGAGAAGGUCAGCAAAAUCAGUUUGGUGGACCUGGCAGGGAGCGAGCGAGCUGACUCCACUGGCGCGAAGGGCACAAGACUAAAGGAAGGAGCAAACAUCAACAAGUCCUUGACCACACUGGGGAAAGUCAUCUCUGCCCUGGCCGAAAUGGAUUCAGGGCCGAACAAGAACAAAAAGAAGAAGAAGACAGAUUUCAUCCCCUACCGGGACUCGGUGCUGACCUGGCUGCUGCGGGAGAACCUGGGGGGCAACUCCAGGACGGCCAUGGUUGCUGCUCUCAGUCCUGCCGACAUCAAUUACGAUGAGACCCUCAGCACCCUCAGGUACGCCGACCGUGCCAAGCAGAUCCGCUGCAAUGCUGUCAUCAACGAGGACCCCAACAACAAGCUCAUCCGGGAGCUGAAGGACGAGGUGGCACGUCUGCGCGACCUUCUCUAUGCCCAGGGCCUCGGGGACAUCAUUGACACCCAUCCUGCUGCGGGAGGAUCCAAAUUGACCAACGCCAUCGCUGGGAUCAGCCCCUCUUCCUCCCUGUCGGCCUUGUCCAGCCGUGCCGCCUCUGUCGCCAGCCUCCACGAGCGUAUCAUGUUUGCUCCAGGCAGCGAAGAGGCUAUCGAAAGGCUCAAGGAAACAGAGAAGAUCAUCGCAGAGCUGAAUGAGACGUGGGAGGAGAAGCUGCGCAGGACGGAAGCAAUUCGGAUGGAGAGGGAAGCAUUGCUGGCUGAAAUGGGGGUGGCCAUGAGGGAGGAUGGAGGCACCUUGGGUGUUUUCUCUCCUAAAAAGACGCCCCACUUGGUCAACCUGAACGAGGACCCACUCAUGUCUGAGUGUCUUCUCUACUACAUCAAGGACGGGAUAACAAGGGGUGGCCGGGAAGAUGCAGAGAAGAGGCAGGACAUCGUUCUCAGCGGGCACUUCAUUAAGGAAGAGCACUGCCUUUUCCGCAGCGACACCAACCCCUUUGGUUGCCCAGAGUUAAUAGUGACCCUGGAGCCCUGUGAAGGCGCCGACACCUAUGUGAACGGCAAAAAGGUGACGGAGCCCAGCAUCCUGCGCUCAGGAAACCGCAUCAUCAUGGGGAAGAGCCACGUCUUCCGUUUCAACCACCCUGAGCAGGCUCGGCAGGAGCGGGGGGGGACCCCGUGCGCUGAGACCCCUGCCGAGCCCGUGGACUGGGCUUUUGCCCAAAGAGAGCUGUUGGAGAAGCAGGGCAUUGACAUGAAGCAGGAGAUGGAGCAGCGGCUCCAGGAGCUGGAGGACCAGUACCGGAGGGAGCGGGAGGAGGCCAAUUACCUUCUCGAGCAGCAGAGGCUGGACUAUGAGAGCAAACUGGAGGCUUUGCAGAAGCAGAUGGACUCUAGAUAUUACCCUGAGGCAAAUGAGGAAGAGGAAGAACCCGAGGAUGAAGUGCAGUGGACGGAGCGGGAGUUCGAGCUGGCCCUCUGGGCCUUUAGGAAGUGGAAAUGGUACCAGUUCACCUCCCUCCGUGACCUGCUCUGGGGCAACGCCAUCUUCCUCAAGGAAGCCAACGCCAUUAGUGUGGAGCUGAAGAAGAAGGUCCAGUUCCAGUUCGUGCUCCUUACGGACACGCUUUACUCGCCUCUCCCUCCUGACCUGCUGCCUCCUGAUGCUGCCAAGGACCGGGAGAAGCGGCCAUUCCCCCGCACUAUUGUGGCUGUAGAGGUGCAGGACCAGAAGAACGGGGCGACGCAUUACUGGACCCUGGAGAAGCUGAGGCAACGCCUGGACCUGAUGCGUGAGAUGUAUGACCGUGCAGCAGAAGUGCCUUCUAGCGUCAUUGAGGACUGCGACAACGUGGUGACCGGUGGAGAUCCUUUCUAUGACCGCUUCCCCUGGUUCAGGCUCGUCGGCAGUUCAGAUAUCUCUGGCUGCAACAGCUCUCCUCUUUUCAACACAUGCAUGAGCGAGCGCAUGGCUGAUCUCACCCCCUCCCCUACCUUCUCGAACCCCGACUCCGACAUCACCGAGCCUGCUGAGGAGCAGCACCAGGGGCAGGAGGAGGAGGAGGAGGAGGAUGAGGAGGAGGAGGAUGAGGAGGAGGAGGAGGAGGAGGAGGAGGCGGAGGACCUGGAGGAAGACAUCUUUCCGGAGUGCCCGCUGUGUGAUGGCCGGGAUCCGUUUUACGACCGCUCCCCCCUGUUCAGUUUAGUAGGAAGGGCCUUCGUCUACCUGAGCAACCUCCUCUACCCCGUGCCUCUGGUCCACCGCGUGGCCAUCGUCAGCGAGAAGGGCGAGGUGAAGGGCUUCCUGCGCGUGGCUGUCCAGGCCAUCUCAGCGGAUGAGGAAGCCCCCGACUAUGGCUCCGGCGUGCGGCAGUCGGGGAUGGCCAAGAUCUCCUUCGAUGACCAGCACUUUGAGAAGUUCCAGUCAGAAUCGUGCCCAGCUGUGGGGAUGUCUCGCUCUGGGACCUCCCAGGAGGAGCUGCGCAUCGUUGAAGGCCAGGGGCAGGUCAGCGAUGUGGGUCCCUCCGCUGACGAAGUCAACAACAACACCUGUGCAGUGACCCCAGAGGACCUUCUCCUGGACAGCCCGGAGAAGCCUGCACCAGAUGGGCCACUGGAGACGGCUCUGGACCACCUGAAGCUGGGCAGUAUCUUCACGUUCCGCGUAACGGUUCUGCAAGCCUCCAGCAUCUCUGCAGAAUAUGCAGACAUCUUCUGCCAGUUCAACUUCAUCCAUCGCCACGAUGAGGCCUUUUCGACAGAGCCCUUGAAGAACACGGGACGGGGUCCACCACUGGGCUUCUAUCACGUCCAAAAUAUUGCGGUGGAGGUGACCAAGUCCUUCAUUGAAUAUAUCAAGAGCCAGCCGAUUGUAUUUGAAGUCUUUGGGCACUACCAGCAGCACCCUUUCCCACCCCUCUGCAAGGAUGUCCUGAGGUGGGCACACCCUGGGCCACCCCCGGCCCCUGGGUGCCACAGGGUGCCUGCGACGAAGCUGAGCACCAUGACUCGACCCAGCGCCGGGCCAUGCCAGUGCAAGUAUGACCUGAUGGUCUUCUUUGAGAUCUGUGAGCUGGAGGCCAACGGCGACUACAUCCCUGCCGUCGUGGACCACCGUGGAGGCAUGCCGUGCCAUGGGACCUUCCUUCUCCACCAGGGCAUCCAGAGGAGAAUCACCGUCACCCUGGUGCAUGAAACGGGCAGCCUCAUCCGCUGGAAAGAAGUGAGGGAGCUGGUUGUGGGUCGGAUCCGGAACACCCCAGAAGCAGACGAGUCUCUCAUCGACCCCAACAUCCUGUCCCUGAACAUCCUCUCCUCCGGGUACAUCCACCCCUCCCAGGACGACCGGACUUUCUACCAGUUUGAGGCGGCGUGGGAUAGCUCCAUGCACAACUCGCUGCUGCUCAACCGUGUCACCCCAUACCGGGAGAAAAUCUACAUCACCCUUUCCGCCUACAUCGAGAUGGAGAACUGCACUCAGCCCGCCGUCAUCACCAAAGACUUCUGCAUGGUUUUCUACUCCCGGGACGCCAAGCUUCCUGCCUCCCGCUCCAUCCGCAACCUUUUUGGCAGUGGCAGCCUGCGGGCUUCUGAGAGCAACCGCGUGACGGGAGUCUACGAGCUCAGCCUCUGCCGUGUGGCUGAUGCCGGCAGCCCAGGCAUGCAGAGACGGCGCCGGCGCGUGCUGGACACCUCCGUAGCCUACGUGCGGGGAGAGGAGAACCUGGCUGGCUGGCGGCCCCCCAGCCACAGCCCCAUCCUUGACCAUCAGUGGGAGCUGGAGAAGCUCAGCCUCCUGCAAGAAGUGGAGAAGACAAGGCACUACCUGCUCCUGCGCGAGAAGCUGGAGACGACCCAGCGCCUGGGUCUGGAGACCCUGUCCUCCUGCUCCAGUGAGGACUCUGAGUCCCGAAGCACCUCCUGCGUCUCCUCCCCACUUUCUGUCGACGGGGCCCCCGAGGGCUGCACCUCUCCCCCUGAGACCCCCAGCGAGAGGCAGAAGGAGCUGGCUGUGAAGUGCUUGCGCCUGCUCACGCACACCUUCAACAGGGAGUACAGCCACAGCCAUGUCUGCAUCAGCGCCAGCGAGAGCAAGCUGUCCGAAAUGUCCGUGACCCUGAUGAGAGACCCCUCCAUGUCAGCUCUUGGAGUCACCACUCUCACCCCCUCCUCAACUUGCCCAUCACUGGUGGAAGGACGCUACAACGCCGUAGAGGUCAGACCCCCCCAGGUCUCCUCCAGGGCAGAGAGCCCUGACCUGGAGUCUGUGGUAGAAGGAGAGCAGAAGAAGUCCCUGGCCCGCCGGCCUGAAGAGGAGAAGGAGCCCCAGCGUUUGCUGGUGCCCGACAUCCAGGAGAUCCGGGUUAGCCCCAUCGUCUCCAAAAAGGGGUACUUGCACUUCCUGGAGCCUCACACCAACGGGUGGGUGAAGCGCUUCGUGGUGGUCCGGCGCCCAUACGUCUACAUCUACAACUCGGACAAGGACACGGUUGAAAGGGCCAUACUAAACCUCUCCAAGGCCCAGGUGGAGUACAGCGAGGACCAGCAGGCCAUGCUCAAGACCCCAAACACGUUUGCGGUGUGCACGGAGCACCGGGGCAUCCUGCUGCAGGCAAGCAGCGACAAGGACAUGCACGACUGGCUCUACGCCUUCAACCCCCUCCUGGCUGGGUCCAUAAGAUCCAAGCUGUCCAGAAGGAGAACAGCCCAGAUGAGAAUCUAACCUGAAAAACACCCUCCACCUCAUCCAUCUGCUAACGGGAUCAAGGUAGCUGAUUCUGUCUCAAGACUCCCCAUGUUAACGUCUGAUCUCUCACACCAUCUGCUGCCCCAGCUGUUUGCUCCAUGGAAGGAUCUGUCUCGAUUCACACCUUCACGGGGGAAACACUUCUGUUCGUAGCUGCAAAAGCCUGGACCCGCCUGGGCAGGAUUUCUCAUGUGUGUGCCAUCUUCUGCCCGUCCCCCCAUGAGUGACCUUCAUGUCACACCAUCUGUAAUGCUCCAGAAAGGUCCCUGUCGGAGGGGAGGGAGCAAGGAGGGUGGUUUUGGCUAAAAGCUGGUCUUUGAUCUACAGAGGUGGGAGUGUGGUAAAGCUCAGAGGUGGGAGAGCAGGAGGAAUUGCCUCCACGUGAAGGGAAAGUGGUAGUUUAGGAAUGGGGAUUUCCUAGUUUGUUGAUGUUUCUGCAAGAGAUGGCAGGGUAAGAUCAGGUGUUGGUAGUUUAAGAUGAUAUUUAUAAAGUAUUUAUUUGUAUUUAC